CCUGCCGGUGGCGGUAGAGGGCGAACGGAGUUAAAGCAGGACCCGGUUUUAGCGGCGCCAGCAGCAGCAGCAGCGUGUGUUUCCUGUUGUACGUGAGCGGUGUGAGUGGAGAGGAGUGUCCACCAUGGAUAUCCGACCAAACCACACCAUUUACAUCAACAACAUAAAUGACAAAGUCAAGAAAGAAGAGCUGAAGCGCUCGCUCUACGCGCUUUUCUCUCAGUUCGGUCAGAUCGUCGACAUCGUGGCCAUGAAGACCAUGAGGAUGAGGGGGCAGGCCUUCGUCGUCUUUAAAGAGCUCGCCGCCGCCACCAACGCACUGAGGCAACUGCAAGGCUUCCCCUUCUACAACAAGCCCAUGAGGAUACAGUACGCCAAGACGGACUCUGAGGUCAUCGCCAAGAUGAAGGGCACGUAUGGUGACAAGAAGGAGAAGAAGGAGAAGAAGAAGAAAGCUCAGGAGCCGGCGGCGAACCUCACAAAGAAACCAGCGGCGGGAUCAGCGGCACCUGUGCACUCCCCUGCUGUACAGGUUCCAGACAACCCACCAAACUACAUCCUGUUCCUCAGUAACCUGCCGGAGGAGACCAAUGAGAUGAUGCUGUCCAUGCUGUUCAACCAGUUUCCUGGUUUUAAAGAGGUGCGGCUCGUCCCGGGGAAACACGACAUCGCCUUUGUGGAGUUUGAGAGCGACACCCAGGCGGGCGUGGCUAAAGACGCACUGCAGGGCUUCAGAAUCACAGCGACCUGCGCCAUGAAGAUCACCUACGCCAAGAAGUAGUUCCCAGGUCUGAUCACUGACAGGACACAGAGACUGAGUGUUGGGGGGUGGUCCCUGGAUUUCCGUUGUGUUCCCAGAUUCUUUUUCAGAUUUUUGUAAAUCCUAGAGGUUUUUUUGUUUGUUUUCCUUCUCGCUCUCAUGCGGUCGAGAGAAAUCUCUGGUCUCCAUCUUUUUUUUGUAAAAUAAAAAAUAAAAGGCUUUUACAUAAA